CGCAAUGACCGAAUCCGAAAUGGUGUAACGGGAACUUGGGAUGGAAAAAACGAUUCGCCCGUGGUAUUUAACAGCGAAGUCCCACAACUUUCUCGCAAGAUCCGAAUCGGCUAAGUCUGUAACAUGUCAACUCCCGUGCUUUUCGUUCUUGGUGCUGGGCCUAAGAUCGGACUCUCCGUUGCUAAUUCUUUCGCUGCCAAAGGAUACAAGGUCGCUCUUGCAGCGAGAAGCUUUCAAGAUGGGAUAGGCGAGGAUGGGUAUCUUCGUUUGAAGCUCGACCUCGCAAACACCGCAGACGUCGAGAAAGCAUUCGCCAAAGUGAAAGAAGCAUUUGGUAUCCCUUCUGUCGUGGUGUACAAUGGUGCGGAACAAGUAGCACGUGAUCCCCAAGACCCUCUGGACGGGAUCAUUCUCGAAGACGUCAAUCGAGAGUUCGCUGUCAAUGCAAUAUCCCCUCUCUUUACCGCUCAAGAGGCCGUCAAAGGGUUUAAACAGCUUCCUAGCUCCGCAUCAAGAACGUUCAUCAUGACUGGCAAUAAGCUAAACGUCUUCGUGAUGCCUUCUGUGCUAACAUUCGGGAUGGGGAAAGCUUCUGCAGCUCAUAUGGUGUGGUAUGCAAGUACCGUAUAUAAGCAACAGGGCUUCAAGUUUUACUACGUCGAUGAACGCCAAGCUGAUGGAAGUCCGACAAUCCCAGUCGGCGGCCCGGCUGCUGGAAAACUAUAUGUUGAGCUUGCUGAGGGGAAGGAGCAAGGUCCGUGGGACUACACGUUCGUGGAUGGCCAGGGCUAUGUUGAGUUCAAGGAACCGUGAGAUCUAGUAGGAACCUUCAAUAUAUGAACUCACAAGGUUUGUUUAUAUAUGCUUUGAAGAUGUAGGAACCUUUGUGUUGUCGGAGGCAAUAAAAGCUCCCCGCAAUCAAGGCCAUCUAUUAUGGGCAAAAAUUCGGAAAUUUCUUAGCGUUCCUCAGAAUUUUUUUCCCUCUAUUAAAAUUGUAUAGGAGAUUAGAAUCUCAAUAGAAUCCCUAAUACAUUAAUAAAUAACAGUUAGAUUAGCC